UUUCUUCAUCCCUGUGAUCGGGUUUGAGGGGCGACUGGGAAUGUGAGGAGGGGGUGGCAGUUAGCAGUUCCACGGCAGGCAUAUUCUAAUGAUGGGAACUUCAGGGAGUAGUCUGAGGACGUAAGACACAUUCUUUAAAUAUUUAUUGAGUACCUACAAUGUGUCAGGGUCAGGCAGUCUUGGCACAGAGAAUACAAUAGCGAGCAAGGCAAAAAUCCCUCCUCUCAGGGAGGUGCCAUUUUAUUGUGGGGCACACAGGCAACACACAUGUUGACAAGUAAAUAAAAAUAACUGCAGACGAUGCUAAGAGCAAUGAAUAAAAUAUGAGGGGGUGGUGUGGUAGAAACUGUGGGCCAGAGGGGCUCGCUAAGGAGGUGACUUUGGAGCUGAGGUCUGAAUGACAGGAAGAAGCCAGCCCUGCCAAAAUCAGGCAGGGGCCACAGCCCGGGCGAAAGAUCUGUGGCUGGUCCAAGCUGGGAAUAGUGUGGCUGGGGCAGGAGAUGUAGCCAAAGCAGUGAUUCUGCACGGGUCUGUGGGUCCCACUAAAGAGGUUAGAGCUUUUCCUCCAUAAGGUGGGAAACUGUUGGAAGAUUAGAGGCUGGGGAGUAACUCGAUCUGGUUUGCAUUUUAAAAUAGAGACAUGAAGUUAAAUAGCAGCCUAAGACUGGAAGACAAGAGUUCUGCUGGGGCAAUGUGUAAUUAAGUUCAUGGGCCUGAGCUGUCUGGACCGCAGGGGUGGUUCCAACAGGCUGGGGAAAGCUAGGAAGACUGCCUGGAAGAGGUGGCCUGGUGUCUGCUUGCAGAGAGGACUGGGGUUCCUGGGUGGGGCUGGGGAGGAGGCAAUGCUAACAAGGAUAAUAGUAAUAACAGCUUCAUUAAAACAGCUUGAAUGUCAAGCAAAGUGCGAAUCGGGUUAGAAGUGUGAUCUGUUUGGAUUCCCAUAAGCGCCCUGAAAAGCAGGAAUUCUGUCCAAUUUUUUCAGAUGAGGAAACUGAGGCCCCAUCAAGUGAAGUGACUUGCCCACAACUGAAUCACUCUGGCUGUUGUGUUGAUAAGAAGCCGUGGAGGGUGCGGGCAGAGACCAGGAGACUCAGAGGAGGCAGCUACAGUAGUCUAGCUGGCCCACGGCAGUCCCACUGGCCGCAUCGAGGGCUUCUCCAACGUCAAGGAGCUGUACGGCAAGAUUGCUGAGGCCUUCCGACUGCCGGCUGCAGAGGUGAUGUUCUGCACCCUCAACACCCACAAAGUGGACAUGGACAAGCUCCUGGGGGGUCAAAUCGGGCUGGAGGACUUCAUCUUCGCCCAUGUCAAGGGGCAGCGCAAGGAGGUGGAGGUGUUCAAGUCAGAGGAGGCGCUGGGCCUCACCAUCACCGACAAUGGGGCUGGCUAUGCCUUCAUCAAGCGCAUUAAGGAGGGCAGCGUGAUUGACCAUAUCCAGCUCGUCAGCGUAGGCGACAUGAUCGAAGCCAUCAACGGGCAGAGCCUGCUGGGCUGCCGGCACUACGAGGUGGCUCGGCUGCUCAAGGAGCUGCCCCGAGGCCGCACCUUCACGCUGAAGCUCACAGAGCCCCGCAAGGCCUUUGACAUGAUCAGCGGGCGCUCAGGGGCUGGCCGCCCUGGCUCUGGUCCCCAGCUGGGCACUGGCCGAGGGACCCUCCGGCUGCGAUCCCGGGGCCCUGCCACAGUGGAGGAUCUGCCCUCUGCCUUUGAGGAGAAGGCAGUUGAGAAGGUAGAUGACCUUCUGGAGAGUUACAUGGGCAUCAGGGACACAGAGUUGGCGGCCACCAUGGUGGAACUCGGAAAGGACAAAAGGAACCCGGAUGAGCUGGCUGAGGCGCUGGACGAGAGGCUUGGCGACUUCGCCUUCCCUGACGAAUUUGUCUUUGACGUCUGGGGUGCCAUCGGGGACGCCAAGGUCGGCCGCUACUAGGCCUCCUGCUGGACCUCUCAGUGGCCUGGGCUUGGCCUGGUGUGAGCCUCUCAGGGCAUAGGGGAGGGCACCACGGCCUGGACCCGUGUCCACCGCGGACAAUACGGAGUGGAGGUGGGGUGGGGGGCGGGGCCCCUGCCCCACUCCAAUUGGUACCACCCCCUCCCUGGCUCCCAGCCUGGCUGGGGUCCCCAGCACCCCCUGCCCUGUUACCCCCUACCUCAGCAGGGUCAGGCGCAGGGAGGGACUGGACAGAGUGGGAAGCCACCCCCACCCCUAACACUUUCAGCAUCAGCUGCCAAACUAGUCCCUUUGUCUCCCUGGGGCCUUGGGUCUAUUUGGGGGUCGUGACCUCCCCAGUUUCCUGACGCAGGGAGUGGAGAAGGGGGGCGCCUGCCCUCAGCAAAUGCAAUAAUGCCCUCCCCCCAGAGGAGUCCCCUCGCCAUGGAAUGUUACCUCUGCAUUUGAAACAGGAAUCUGCUGUGAACCCCCCCUAUCCCCCCCACUCCCUAGUGUCCCUCUCAGUCCAGCCCCUGACAGAAGGGGCAGGAGGGACCCCCGAGGUGGACUUUUGUAUCUGAAUUUGCUGUCUUGAACAUAAAGAACCUAUCUGCUGUU